AUGAGUGAUUUCAGUGAAGAGUUGUUCACACCAUCAGCCAAGGAUGAGGCGUGUGUGCAAUCUGAAAUGGGAAUGUGUCUUCCUUGGCUCCAAAAGCAUAUUGAAGCUGUGGAAACUGGAGGCAAAAUGGAAAAGGAUUUUGCUCAGACGACAAAUGCCUGUUUGGGUUUUAUUCAAGAAGCUCUGCUGAAGCACCAGUGGCAGCACGCUGCAGAGUACAUGCAGAGCUACUUACAGAUCCUGGAAGAUUCUGACGGCAACAAAAGGCUGGUCGCUCCUGAGAUUAUCUGGACGCUUGGAAGUGAAAUUCUCUAUUAUCAUCCUAAAAGCAAUGUGGAGACUUUUAGUAAUUUUGCUGACCGGAUGAAAAAUAUUGGUGUCAUGAAUUACUUAAAGAUCUCCUUACAGCAUGCACUCUACUUGGUGCAUCAUGGCAUGCUUGAGGAUGCAAGCAGGAUUCUCAGCCAGGCGGAGACAUGGCGGUAUGGGGAGAAGUCGUCUUCCCAGGAAGUCCUAAUCCAUCUCGUUCAAGCUUAUAAAGGGCUUUUGCAGUAUCAUUCUUGGUCUAAAAAGAAGAUGGAAUUAUCUCAGCUUGAUGAGGAUGAUUAUGCUUAUAACACUGCUUCCCAGAAUAUGCGCAACAGUAGCUGGAAGACAUCUAUGAACUUUGGUUCAUUGAUUCAAAUUCCUGGAGUUUGGGAUCCUUUUGUGAAAAGUUAUGUGGAGAUGCUGGAUUUCUAUGGGGAUCGAGAUGGAGCCCGAGAGGUACUCACGAAUUACGCCUAUGAUGAAAAAUUUCCGUCCAAUCCCAAUGCCCAUAUCUACCUCUACAACUUCCUAAAGAGAGAGAAGGCGCCAAGAGAGAAACUGAUAAGUGUGCUCAAGAUUUUAUAUCAGAUUGUACCAUCUCAUACUCUGAUGUUAGAAUUCCAUAGAUUACUGAGAAAAUCAGGAAAAGAAGAACAUCAUAAACUGGGGCUGGAAGUCUUGUUUGGAGUCUUAGAUUUUGCUGGGUGCACGAAAAACAUAACUGCCUGGAAAUAUUUGGCAAAAUGCCUCAGACACACCUUAAUGGAGGAUCACUUGGCCUGGGUUGAAGAAGAGUGGAACUCCAGGAAGAGUUGGUGGCCAAACUUUCACUUCAGCUUGUUCUGGGCAAAAAGUGAUUGGAAGGAGGAGAAAACAUUGGCUUGUGAGAAAGCUCUGGUAGCUGGAAUAUUGUUAGGAAAAGGUUGUAGAUAUUUUCGCUAUAUUUCAAAACAAGAUCAUCAAAUCUUAAAGAAGAAAAUCAAACAGAUGAAGAAAUUAGUGAAAAAGUUUAGUAUUGUAAAUCUAUGA